AUGGAGCACAACUUGUCCAAAGCAGAACCAUUCAAACUGAUUUAUUUUAAUGGCCGAGGCCGCGCUGAAGUAAUACGAUUGUUAUUCGCCCAAGCAGAUGUAAGCUACGAAGACAUCCGCAUCAAUAGAACAGAAUGGCCAGCUUUGAAAUCCAAAACGCCAUAUGGACAUAUUCCAAUACUGUAUGUAAAUGACAAAGUACUAGCGGAGAGUCACGCUAUCGAAAGAUAUUUGGCUCGGAAAUUUGGAUUGUUGGGAACAAAUGAAUGGGAGGCAGCAAAAAUUGAUGAAAUUAUUUGUAACUUAGAAGAUGUCUGGCAAAAAAUGCAGUCAUGGCUACAUGAAGGAAACGCUACCGAAAAAGAUGAAAUGUUCAAAAAGCUUGUUAAAGAAACUAUUGCUCCAUUCAUGCAACGAUAUGAACAAUUUCUACUAAAUAGUCGCAGUCCAUAUUUCGUUGGUAAUAAGAUUUCUCUGGCAGACAUAGCAGUUUUUAACAUGCUCAACUACUUCCAAGAAUUGAGGACUCACUACCCGAAACUAGCUGAAUUUGCUGACAAAAUUGGGCAGAUGCCGAGGAUCAAGGCAUGGAUCGACAAGAGACCAAAUACAAAUUUCUAG